AUGGCCAAUCUGAUAGCUUCCGUAUCCAUCGCCAUUCGCGGCCGCUACCUAUCGAGGGGGGAUGAGCGGUUCUUCGUUCGGGGAGUUGUCUAUCAAGUCCCAGAUAUGCAUGACCCUAUUUCAGAUUCGCGUCUGCUACAGCUGAGGCACGACAUCGCACUGUUCAUGGAACUGGGUCUAAACACGCUUUUUGUCUGUAGGUAG